UUCCUUCACUUCUGCUGCGCUUUUAUCGUGUUCAGGAAAUACAAACAGUUCCUCCUUUCUCAGUUGUACCACCCAUCUCCUUUAAACUCACUGACUUUAAGGCGCUAGGAAAGUGUAUCAGCUGUGCUCCAGCACUGUUACUCCCUCUCUCUCUCUUUCCCUCCGUGCUCCUCCUUCCAAUCUCUCUCGGUUUCUCCAUAUUUCGUUCCGACUUUCCCAAGACUAGGCAGCUUCAGAAACGAGGGCAUUCAACUUUCUCCUCUUUGUUGAUGGGAAGCAGCGGUAAAGAUCUUUGAGGAUGGACAAAGGGUACCCGCCAGCAGAAUCAGCACCGCCUUACCCGGGGCCGCCAUUGACCUAUGGUGGUCCAGCCCCACCACCAGGGAUGUACCCUCAGCCUUGCUACCCCGCCUCCAAUGCACCCUAUCAACAAGCUGGAUACGUGGGAAAUGUUCAGCCGCCUCCAGUUGUACCUCCCACAACAGUGACUCACGUGGUGGUGGUGCCAUCACUGCACGAUGUCCCGGGCCAGGCCAUAUGUCCCCACUGCCAGCAGACAGUGAUCACCAGGACAGAGCACACACCAGGCCUGCUGACCUGGGCUAUCUGUGGUGGCCUCGCCCUUUUUGGGUGCUUCCUCUGUUGCUGUAUCCCAUUCUGCGUAGAUUCCUGUCAAGAUGUGGAGCACCGCUGUCCGAGCUGCCACAGAAUCAUCCACAUACACAAGCGCAUGUGAAACUGUCCUGAAUGUGAACAGGAAGGAAGAACACAGAAAUUCAUAUGGAUCUGUGGACUAUCAUAAUCUCACUUUCAUUACUGUGACCCUUUAAUAUUGAUAAGAGCAUUUGAACAUUUAACUGAGGCUUUGUAUACUGACUGGCUAUUUUUCUCUUUCUUUUUUUCUGUGGUUGGAAAUCAUGGCGGUGAUUCUAUAAUUUGAAAUCCAGUAAAAAAAAGAAAAAAAAGUAAGAAAAAGAAAAAAAACAAUAAUAAAAUUUUCUUUAGUUGCC